AUGACGAAGGCGGACACCCGGCCUCACCUCCCCGGGUCUUUCACCUCCCUCGGUCACGCGCCUUUUGUGCAGCCAUCCUCGUACCUUCUCCCUCCAAUGGCCUCCCAACCCGAGAGACCAGUCGAUCGGGAAGAGCGACAUGGUCUGCGUGCCAUUCGCAACUUCCUGAAGGUUCGCACCAGUUACGACGUCCUCCCUCUCAGUUUCCGACUCAUCAUCUUCGACACCUCGCUCUCCGUCAAGGAAAGCUUGAACAUUCUCAUCCAAAACGGCAUCGUUUCAGCCCCGUUGUGGGACUCCAAAGCGUCCAAAUUCGCGGGUCUUCUGACAACCUCCGACUACAUAAACGUCAUUCAAUACUAUUUCCAGAACCCCGCCGCCCUUGAUCAGAUCGACCAAUUCCGGCUAGACAGCCUUCGUGAUGUUGAGAAAGCCCUGGGUGUUGCGCCGCCUGAGACCAUCUCCAUUGAUCCUGAAAGACCCUUGUACGAAGCCUGUCGACGUAUGCUCGAGUCCCGCGCGCGCAGAAUUCCCCUCGUUACGAACGAUAGUCAAACCGAUCGAUCCCAUGUGCUCAGUGUGAUUACGCAGUACCGCAUUCUCAAGUUCGUCGCCGUCAAUGUGAGCGAUACGCAGAAGCUGCGCCGUCCGCUCGGUGAACUGUUGAUUGGAACAUACGAUAAUAUCGCCACGGCCUCAAUGGAUACGCCCGUCAUUGACGUGAUUCACAUUCUAGUCGAGCGCAGCAUAUCCAGCAUGCCUAUUUUGAACUCUGAGGGUGUUGUGUACAAUGUAUUCGAGUCAGUUGAUGUCAUUGCGCUGAUUCGGGGCGGUGUCUACGAUGAUCUGAGCCUCACGGUGGGAGAGGUUCUCAAGAAACGUUCGCCGGAGUUCCCGGGUAUCUACACCUGUUCGCUGAAUGACGGACUGGACACCAUCUUCGACACUAUUCGCAAGUCUCGCGUUCACCGUUUGGUGGUUGUGGAUGAGUACUUCAAGCUCAAGGGUGUUCUCACCCUGAGCGACAUCCUCCACUACAUCCUGCUCGAGGGAGAAACCGACGAAUGA